CGCUGCCCUCAGAAACCCACAAGAAUUUAUGAUAAUGGACAACAGCCGUGCCUCACAACAGAGUAUGUGGAAAAGUAUCCCAAGUAUAGCAACAUCUCUCCUCCCCGGAGCCUUAAGCCGAAACAAGAGUACCAAGUGCAUCGUGGGAAAAUGGAAGGAAUUACAACAUUUAAAUCUGAUUACUUACCAUAUGAUAUUGUGAAGCGGCCUUUUCGGAUACAGGAAGAACAUAAACCAAACACAGGAGAGAUAGACCUGGGAACCACAUACCAGAAAGAUUAUAAUGCUCAUAAAAUACAGCCAGUGACAUUAGUAAGACCUCUAGAGAGAAAACACACUAUAGGAGGAAAACUGGAUACCAUACCAACCUAUCAAGAUGACUAUAGGUCGUGGGAAGUCCAAAGAAGGGAAACUAGUAAGGUGGAGCAUAUAUACCACCCACCUGCAGUGAAGUUUGGAAAUUCUACUACAUUUCAAGAUGACUUUGUUCCUAGGGAACUAAAUCCCCGACAAAGUUUUAAACCUCCUUGUGUAGCCAAGCUUUCAGAUAUGCCUUUCGAUAGUACUACUAGCCAUCGCACUUCUUACAUUGCUCAUCAACUGGAACCAAAAUUUGUAAGAUCGAAAGAAGAGUACAAGCCAAGCAACCAACCCUUCGAAGAUCUCACAACCCACCGGAAUGAUUUUAAAGGGCUACCUGGGCAACUUGCAAAAAGCUGCAAGCCUGAAAAUGCAAAAGUUGCAUCCAAUGUUCGUUUUAAUGGAACCACUGAAUUCCAGGAUCGUUUUCAGCCGUGGUUGGUCUCCUUGCCUGAGGCCCGCAAAACAAAAGAGUAUGUUCCACCCCCAGGCGACAUGGAUUUUAACUCCACAAGCCAUCUUCAUUAUGUUAAGCAUGAGAUUUCUCCUGCUGUCCCCGUAAAACCGGUUUCUAACAGAAGAAGAACCAAUGCCCCUUUUCAAGGGAAUACUACUACCAAGGAAGACUUUAAAGCUUGGGGCAGCUGUCGGCAAGAGAUUACUAAGAAGCAACAGGAAAUUCCCAAACCCAUGGGCAAAUUUUUUGAUUUAACUACAUUCAAAUCUCAUUAUGUACCACAUCAGAUCAUUCCAGCUCAAGGUUUCAAACCUGUAAGUGCGAUAGUUCCUAAUUCAGCUCCUUUUCAAGAUGAAACUAUGUAUCGCACAGAAUAUACUCCAAAGAAACAAGAGAUCUGUCCAGCAAAUUAUCCAUCUCCUCCAGGUUAUAUCUAUGUAAACACAGAUUCUCAUGGUCACAAAUUCUUCCAACAGCUUGCUCCAGAGUUUUCCGAGUCAAAUAGUAAUCCCAUUCCAAAGGAAAUAGCCGUUGUGUCAUAA